AUGGCCAUGGGUGGUGGUGGGUUGUCUCCCCCGGCCCCUACGGAGGGCCCAACCCCAGCGCCAAGGUCAGCCCCCGGGCGAAAGAAGACACGCCCAACAAGGCCGCAACCCCCAUCCCAGCCGGAACCAGUAGCUUCCAGCCAAGAGGUCCAGACGGCGCCCUCAUCGGCUCCUCCAGCCGAAACAUGGGCCACCGUGACACGGAAAGGGAAGAAGAAGAAACCCAGGACUGCCGCCGCUUCCCAACCGGUCCCUGCGCCCAGGACGGCUCCAACGGCGCCGAAACCGAAGCCCAAACGGGUAAAACUGACCCCUCCCCGCAGCGCGGCCAUCGUGGUGACGCUGCAGCCAGAGGCGGCAAAGAGAGGGUCUACCUACAAAGAGGUGCUCACUAAGGCCAAGGCUGCAGUGGACCUGUCCGAGCUGGGAAUCCCCAGCAUAAAGGUCACUGACUCGGCAACCGGGGCUCGACUUAUCGAGGUUCCGGGAACCGAGUCCAGAGAAAAGGCCGACAAGCUGGCGGACAAGCUAAAGGCGGUUCUCGGUGGCGAUGUGACUGUCACCAGACCUGAGAAGCGCGCGGGCGUGCGCAUCUCUGGCCUGGACGAGUCCGUCACCAAGGAGGAGGUUGCCGAAGCGGUGGCUAUCAAGACGGGUUGCUCUACGGGAGCAGUUAGAGUGGGGGAAAUCCGGCGCAGCUCCCGUGGAGAGGGAGUAGCCACAAUCAGCUGCCCGGUUGUUGCGCGCCGGCCGUCGUCGAGUGCGGACGUGCGUGUCGAUCGCUCCGCGGCCGCCGCGUGGGUACUGGACCGCGUGGACAAACCGCAUGCAGACCGCGUGCGGACCACGUGCGGUUUGACGUUUGACAGUGACAUUGACACUAAUUCGACACUGACGUUUGCGCCCGGUGUUGCCAGUGCUAAUAUAUAG